UUCGCGUGGCAUCGUGUUUUUUAGUUAUCGUUCUCCGGUCCAGAGACCUCCUCCACCGUCUACUCCCUCUCCGUCGCGCCACGAUCCUUAGGGUUUCUGUCGCACAGUUUCGUUCGGAUUUGAAUUCCCCUCACUUUCGCUCCAUUUAUCCUUCUCCAAAUUGAAACAAAUAACCGAGUUUGAUCACAAGCCCAAGUGCGAAGAUGUCUGUUACAGCGGGAGUGAGUGAAGCUGCACUUGCCACACGUGCCAAGCUACGAGGUGGAAUCGGCCAGACCAAAGUGAAAAGAUACUGGCCCGGUAAAGCUCCCGAGUGGGCCGACGAACCCGAGGAAGAUGAGGAUGUCAGGAUGCAAAAGGUUGAUGCUUUAGAUCGAAAGCAUGAUGAUUUAGGUGUUGCUAGGAAAGACGAUCCGAGACUACGUCGUUUAGCUCAGACUAGAGCUGAGAACCGUGAAGAAGUCAGAGCUGAUCAUCGGCGUGUGAGACAGGCUGAGAUUGUAUCUACUGAAGAGGAAGAGUUGAGGAAUCAAGAAGAGGAAGAAGAUGAGGAUGCAUUGGAAGAGAGGAGGAGGAGGAUUCGCGAGAAGAAUCUCAAAAGAGCUCAAGAGGAGGCUGACUUACUCCCCGUGGAGGAAGAAGACGAGGUGGAGGAGGAAGAGGAUGAGGAAGAGGAAUCCGAGUACGAGACUGAUUCUGAAGACGACAUGCCCGGUAUUGCAAUGAUCAAGCCUGUCUUUGUACCUAAAGCCGAGAGAGACACUGUUGCAGAGCGUGAGAGGCUUGAAGCCGAAGAGCAAGCUCUGGAGGAGUUAGCUAAGAGGAAGCUCGAGAUGAGGAAGCUCGAGACGAAGCAGAUAGUGGUGGAGGAAGUGAGGAAAGACGAGGAGAUACGCAAGAACAUGUUACUCCAAGAAGCGAACAUCGGAGACGUGGAGACCGACGACGAGAUCAACGAGGCCGAGGAGUACGAGGUUUGGAAGACGAGGGAGAUCGCUAGGAUCAAGAGGGAGAGGGACGCGAAGGAAGCGAUGCUGAGAGAGAGGGAGGAGGUUGAGAAGCUGAGGAACAUGACGGAGCAGGAGAGGAGAGAGUGGGAGAGGAAGAAUCCUAAGCCUUCGUCAGAUAAACCGAAGAAGAAGUGGAACUUUAUGCAGAAGUAUUAUCACAAGGGAGCUUUCUUCCAAGCGGAUCCUGAUGACGAGGCGGGAUCCGUGGGGACUGAUGGUAUAUUUCAGCGUGACUUCUCUGCUCCGACGGGUGAAGAUAGGUUGGAUAAAUCGAUUUUGCCUAAAGUCAUGCAAGUCAAGCACUUUGGUCGCAGUGGGAGGACUAAAUGGACUCACCUUGUCAAUGAGGAUACAACAGAUUGGAGUAACCCGUGGACUUCUAAUGAUCCUCUACGCGAGAAAUACAACAAGAAAAUGGCAGGCAUGAAUGGUCCUAUUGAGAAACCAAAGGGGAGCAAGAAGAUGAAAGAUUGGGAGAAAUAAACAGCAUCAAAAUCUGUUCGAGUUUAAGCCAAAACUGAAACAAAGUGGUAUGUUCUAGUUAAAAAUAAAAAGAAUCUUGCUCUGUCAUCGCCGAGAACUUUAUCUAAAUCGCAGUAAUUAAUUAAUAUUUGCUUUGUUACUACUCCUGGACAAGAGACAUCUGGGUGUAGGAGCGUCUUUUGUAUUGGGAUCAAUCAAGAUAACUUUUUUAUGAUUCUGCUUGUAUCACGAAAGCAUUUCUUAUUUUCAUAUAACAUUCUGAAUA